GUGAUGGAGAAACCCCACCGCAGCACCAUGCACCUGAGCGACUGGCAGAAAAGUUACUUUGCUAUUACCUCUGGCACCUGCACGCCCGGGCAGAAGGCAGAUGGAUAUCGUGCCAAAAUCCUGCGUAUUCAGUAUGCAUGGGCAAACUCUGAGAUCUCUCAGGUCUGCGCUGCCGACCUGUUCAAAAAGUACGCAGAGAAAUACUCUGCAAUUAUUGACUCUGACAACAUAGAGACUGGCUUGAAUAACUAUGCAGAGAACAUUUUGACUUUGGCAAAGUGUCAGCAAAAUGACAGUGACAAGUGGCAAUCUGCCUUGACAACAGAGAAUGUAUUUGAACUGAAGUGUGUGCAGGAGAGGAUGCGGGCUGGCAGAAGAGUCCCGAGCUCUCAGAUGGCCCCGGCAGAUGCCUUCGUCCUGGCUGAGAAAGGGGUCAGUGCCUCUGCCACUCCGGGCCUCCCAGAACUUACCGUCUUCAGCAGCGCGGCAGAGACUGACCUUGGUGCUGGCUCAUCAAAACGGGCAGGUCAGGCACCCGACCUCCUCGAGCAGCCCUCGUCUUCAAGGAGUCUGCAAAGCAGCGAGCUUCCUGAGACCAAAACUGCAGACAUGUUUCCUGCCUCACCUGAUUCCUUCAGGGAACCUGUUCAGGCAGGUGUGCAGGCAACUCCGCUCUUUGGAAGUAAGGAAGUAGCAGGGAACAGUUCUCUGAAAGCAUCCGGUCACUCUGGUGAUGGGCAAAAUUGGUGUCUUUCCAAUCAGUCGGCUGUGCAUGCAUGGUCUGCAAAUUCUGGGAAAAGAAAAGCAUUUUAUAACAUGGUUGAGGAAAGCGGCACUGGGCUUGCUGGCCUCGCUCCGUGCAAGGCUCCUGGCAUUACAGAAGCCGGCAUUUCCUCGGGGAGCACAAGCAGAAGGGAGGAGGGCAGCGUUCCUGGCUUUAGAACGGCCAAAGAGCAGCUCUGGGUGGAUCAGCAGAAGAAGCCGCCAAGCGGAUCCCAGCGCACACCAAUCUCCUCAUACGGAGGUUUAAAAAAGUCCCUGGGUGCAGGCAGGUCUCGGGGGCCAUUUGGCAAGUUUGUCCCUCCAGUCGCGAGACAAGACGGCAGUGAAAAUGGAGGAGCGCAGUGCAAACUCGCUGUGAGGGCAGCUGCGGAACCGGCGCUUCCCGUAGACGAGCGGCUGAGAAACAUAGAGCCUAAGAUGGUUGAGCUCAUCAUGCACGAAAUCGUGGACCACGGGCCGCCCGUGAGCUGGGAUGACAUCGCCGGGGUCGACUUUGCCAAAGCCACGAUUCAGGAGAUAGUGGUGUGGCCGAUGCUGAGGCCAGACAUCUUUACCGGGCUGCGCGGCCCUCCGAAGGGGAUCCUCCUCUUUGGCCCCCCCGGGACCGGCAAGACUCUCAUCGGCAAGUGCAUUGCGUGCCAGUCCGGGGCCACGUUCUUCAGCAUCAGCGCUUCUUCCCUCACCUCCAAGUGGGUGGGUGAGGGGGAAAAGAUGGUCCGCGCGCUUUUCGCCGUGGCGCGAUGCCAGCAGCCCGCGGUUAUUUUCAUCGAUGAGAUUGAUUCUCUGCUGUCCCAGCGGGGAGAUGGGGAGCACGAGUCUUCAAGAAGAAUAAAAACGGAAUUUCUGGUGCAGUUAGAUGGGGCGACAACCUCCUCUGACGACCGGGUUCUAGUGGUGGGGGCAACAAACCGGCCCCAGGAAAUCGAUGAGGCCGCCCGGAGGAGGCUGGUGAAGAGGCUCUACAUCCCCCUUCCCGAAGCCCCCGCGCGGAAGCAGAUGGUUACGCGACUCAUGUCCCAGGAGCACUGCUGCCUCAGCGAGGGUGAAAUCGAGCUCAUAGUGAAGAAGUCGCAUGGAUUUUCGGGGGCGGACAUGAGGCAGCUCUGCCGAGAAGCUUCUCUGGGCCCUAUCCGCAGCCUCCAGUCGCUGGAUAUCACCACCGUUGUGGCAGAUCAAGUGCGGCCCAUCGCUUUCUCUGAUUUUGAGAGCGCCUUCAAAACGGUGCGACCCAGCGUCUCCGCCAAGGACCUCGAGCUGUACGAAACCUGGAACCAGACGUUUGGCUGCGGCAGAUAA